GUCUUGAGUUUUGUACUUGAAUAUUUCUAAAUUCUAACCAUUGAAUACUUGCUAGGCACCUGGUUGUGCCAUAGAAGAAUUGAUUUGGAUGCUUGAACCAAGACUUCUUCGUUAGGAAUAAGAUGAACAAUCAUUGUCUACCGAACUAGGAUCUAGGUGGUUGAGAGCUCCUCUGCAUAUUAGACGCCAUGUGGUGCCACAGAAGAAUUGAGUUCUUGGAUAGGAAUAGGAUGAACAAUCAUUGCCUUCCAAAACCUAGAUCCUCACCGCACCAAUGCAAUGCGACCAAGGAUUUUUAUACAAAUAGGAUGGGUUUCUUUGACUCAGAGGAUGAUUAUUCUUACUGUUACAACAGCGAUGGCGAUGAUUUUGGCUUCCUUGAAGAUGAAGACAGCUACUAUGAAGGUGACAGUGAUCCUCAAGAUGAUGAUGAUGAUGAUGAUGAUGAUGGUGAUGAUGAUGAUAAGGAAGAAAAUAAUGACAAUGAAGAUGAUGAUGACAGUGAAGAGGAGGAAGAAGAAGAUAAGGACGACAAUGUCGCCGGAAAGGACAGCCGUUCGGUGAGUUAUGAGUCUGGACGCAUUAAAAUUUCUGAGAAUAUUAUUGAUGGUGAGAGUAAACAUUCUGUGAGCUACGAGUUUGAACGUCUUCGUGUGUCUGAGAAUACAAAUACUAGUAGUAAUAGCAUCGAUCGACCUUGUGUUUGAAGUCCAUCUGGUUGUGAUGGCAAUGGUACACUGGUACUUGUUUAUUUUUCUUCUUUUUUUGUGAUAUCUACCUAUGUAAGUGAAAUUGCAAGUUUUCUUUCACUUGUUAUGUGAAUAGGUAAAUUAUGUUAGAAAAGACACACGGGCAGAGUAAAAGACUAGUCUGAAUAUAUUGUAUUUGAAGUCCAUCCGGUGGAGAUGACAAUGGUACGCUGGUACUUGUUUAUUUUUCUAAUUUUUUUGUGAUAUCUACCUAUGUAAGUGAAAUUGCAAGUUUUCUUUCACUUGUUAUGUAAAUAGGUGAAUUAUGUUAGAAAAUAUACAUUGGCAGAGUAUUAAGACUUGUCUGGA